CGCCAGCCGAAUCUCGCAUCUGCGCAGUUGCUGUUAUUUGUGUUCGUCGAGCCGCAGUCCCGGAUGUUGUGGCUGCCGGGGGGGAGAUGGCGGAGGUUGAGGGGGUAGUCGCGGCCCCAGGGCCAGCUUCAGGGUUGGCUUUCAGGGGCCGCCAAGCUAUGUCCGGCUCCUGUGAGCGUGACCAGCAGGUUGAGGCGACGCAGCGGGCCCUGGUGGAGGUGUUGGGGCCCUACGAGCCCCUGCUGAGCCGGGUCCAGGCAGCCCUGGUGUGGGAGCGGCCAGCCAGGAGCGCCCUGUGGUGCCUGGGGCUGAAUGCGGCUUUCUGGUUUUUUGCACUGACAUCCCUUCGUCUUGUGUUUUUACUUUCAUUUGGCUUGAUGAUCAUUGUCUGUAUUGAUCAAUGGAAGAAUAAAAUUUGGCCUGAGCUGAAAGUGCCAAGACCCGACGCAUUAGACAAUGAGAGCUGGGGCUUUGUUCACCCACGGUUGCUCAGCGUGCCUGAGCUCUGCCAUCAUGCAGCUGAAGUCUGGGUUAGUGGGACCAUUUUCAUAAGGAAUCUUUUGCUUUUCAAAAAGCAAAACCCAGGCAAGUUCUGCUUGCUGAGCUGUGGGAUUCUGACCUUUUUGGCUGUCUUGGGCCGCUACAUCCCUGGACUCCUGCUGUCCUAUUUGAUUCUUGUCACUGUCAUGAUAUGGCCCCUUGCUGUGUACCACCGACUGUGGGAUCGAGCCUAUGUGCGGCUAAAGCCAGCUCUACAGCGGCUAGACUUCAGUGUCCAUGGCUACAUGAUGUCCAAGCAGAGAGAGAGACAACUGCGCCGCAGAGCUCUACACCCAGAACGUACUGCGGACAACAGUGACAGUGAAGAAGAGCUUGCUGCCUUCUGUCCUCAGCUGGAUGAUUCUACAGUUGCCAGGGAAUUAGCUAUCACAGACUCGGAGCACUCAGAUGCUGAAGUCUCCUGUACAGACAAUGGCACAUUCAAUCUUUCAAGGGGCCAGACACCUUUAACAGAAGGCUCUGAAGAUUUAGAUGGCCACAGUGAUCCAGAGGAAUCAUUUGCCAGAGACCUUCCAGACUUCCCUUCCAUUAAUGUGGAUCCUGCUGGCCUGGAUGAUGAAGACGAUACUAGCAUUGGGAUGCCCAGCUUGAUGUACCGGUCCCCACAAGGAACUGAGAUUACCCAUGCUCCCCCUUCCAGCCAGGGGGAGGCUGCACUGCCAGAGCUUCUGCUUGGUUCCCUUCCUGUAGGAUCCAACCUUACCAGCAACCUUGCCAGCCUAGUCUCGCAGGGCAUGAUCCAGCUGGCCUUGUCAGGGGCCUCCCAGACAGGCCCUUCUGGCCCACCUCCUCGGAGAGCAACAAGAGGUUUUCUCCGGUCUCCUAGUUCAGACCUGGACACUGAUGCUGAAGGAGAUGACUUUGAACUUCUGGACCAGUCAGAGCUGAAUCAGCUGGAUCCUUCGAAUUCCAGGAGCCACUAAGAAUACAAGAGACUCCUUUUUGGGAAUCA